AUGCAAUUUUCUAUCAAAAUCCGUGCGAAACGUUCGCUACAAAACGACGAUGAAAGUCAACUGAAAGACGAGACAUACAUAUACAUACAUCCUUGUCGUUCGCUACUUCACAAAUUAUCAACACGGCGCGGCGGCGCGAUACGACAUGAAGCGGCGGCGGCGGCGCGCUGCGAGGGGCGCGGGGCGGUGGUAGCAGACUGGCUGAACCGUAUCGCCGCUAUAGUCACACCCACGUCACUUCUAUCUUACAGAAUGUCUUUCGAUCUCGCUCACCGACACGUUAAAGAGUCAGUCGACAACCGAUGCCGA